AAUUUAGAAAUAAUAUAAGCAUCAUGACUUCAAACCUUGAUGGACUUCGGAUAUAGAUAUCCUUGCAACCAUCCAACCCACAGAUUCGCAAUUCACAUGUCAAAAGAAGGAUCAAUGUGCUAACUUUGCAUGUACCCGUUGCGUACUCAUUUGGUACACCAUGCACCAAAGUAGAUGCUCCCCACGCCAAAACAGCUCUAUAUAUACACAAGACAUGCCGGGCCGGGCCGACCCAAGCCAGCCUUCAUCAUACCAGUCUCACAGCCAAAGAAGACAGAGCCAAGCAGAGCAGAAGCAGGCGGCAAUGGGGAACAGCCUGCGGUGCUGCCUGGCGUGCAUGCUCCCCUGCGGCGCGCUGGACGUCGUCCGCGUGGUGCACCUCAGCGGCCACGUGGACGAGUUAACCUGCCCGCUCAUCGCCUCCGACGUGCUCGCGGCGCACCCCAGCCACGCGCUCACCGCCGCGGGCUCCGCCGGCGCCGCCAGGAGGAUCGUCAUCGUGUCGCCCGACUCCGAGCUCAAGCGCGGCCGCAUCUACUUCCUCAUCCCCACGGCGUGCUCCGCGCCGGCGGCCGAGCUGAAGCGGCCGAAGCCCGGCCACGGCGCGUGCGAGUCCAAGACGAAGAAGCGCCACGGUCACCACGACGGCCACCGCAAGAGCGGCGCGGCGGUGGCCGCCGCGGCGAGCACGGCGGAGCAGGACAACUACCUGCGGGAGCUGCUCACCGAGAAGCGGGAGACUAGCCACCGGCGGCGGCGCAGCAGCAGCGCCCGCUCCGGCGUGUGGCGGCCGCGGCUCGAGAGCAUUGCGGAGGAGCCCUCGGACUAGCAGCACCGGAGCCAUUUUCCUCUACCUUCCUUUUUCGAUCUCCCGUUGUGAUCUUGUGAAUAUGAAUGGUCGAUUGAUGAAGAGGCUUCUUGGUUCUCCGUCGGCUUGAUCUCCUGAGUUCUGAUGCAACUGUAAGACCAUGGUUAAUAGUAUA